CACCCCCCUUUGUCCCACCACCUGCUCUCUCUCCGCUCUUCUCUGCUUCGUCUUCUGACCGCCCGCGUCUGACUCCCUUCCUCUGUUCUUCUCACUGCUCGCCUUUCUAACGUUCAACCUCGAGGAAACUUCCUUCUGCACUCUUGGUUUUCUCACAGAAUUAGUCAACCUUAGGAUCGGCACAAAAGAGAAGGCGAUACGUUUUCAUUUCGGAAUCAAGGAAAUGAGCGGGAAGCUGCGGGUCGGCUUCGAUUCGCAAACGUCUUCGAAGUGUCGUUGUUCCUCUUCAUAAUCAAUCUUUCUUUACAGAUGGACAAAAUUGAUGAAAAACCUCAACUGGGCAUAGUUCACUCUCACUUUGAAAUGGGUUCUAUGGAUGGUAGAUCAGAGCAUGAAUUUGAAGAUGAAAGCCUUGUUAGCCCCAUGGAACUCACAAAAAUGACUAAUGGUCUGACUGGAAUUCAUCAUGGUUCCUUCUCUGCUGUGGAACAACAGAAAAGUAUCGACAACAUCAAUACCAGCUUGUUGAGGAGCUUAAAAGUAAUACUGUUUACAUCCAAGAUAAAUAUAUUGAUGCCUUGUGGACCUUUAGCAGUCGUGAUUCAUCAUUUGACUGAGGAUCAAGGAUGGGUGUUCUUUCUGAGCUUGCUGGGCAUUAUUCCAUUGGCAGAGCGUUUAGGUUUUGCCACAGAGCAGCUAGCACUUUUCACAGGACCAACAGUGGGAGGCCUUCUGAAUGCUACUUUUGGAAAUGCAACAGAGAUGAUAAUAUCGGUCCAUGCACUAAAAGGUGGAAUGAUACGGGUCGUUCAACAGUCGCUACUAGGAUCCAUAUUGUCAAAUAUGCUGCUGGUUCUUGGUUGCGCAUUCUUCUGCGGAGGGAUUGUUUUUAUGAAGAAGGACCAAGUUUUCGAUAAGGCAGCUGCUGUAGUGAACUCCGGCUUGCUUCUGAUGGCAGUGAUGGGCUUGCUCUUCCCUGCCGUUCUCCAUUACACACACUCUGAAGUACAUUAUGGCAAAUCAGAAUUAGCCCUUUCAAGGUUUAGCAGCUGCAUAAUGCUUGUGGCAUAUGCCUUUUACCUUGUUUUCCAGCUAAAAGGUCAUAAUGAAUCCUACGAGCGGGUCAAUGAGGAAGGAGGUCAAAAUGAAGGGGGUACAGAUGAUGAAGAAGUUCCUGAGAUUUCCAAAUGGGAAGCCAUCAUUUGGCUUGCAAUUUUGACUGGUUGGAUCUCAGUGCUCUCUGACUACUUGGUUGAUGCCAUACAGGGUGCUUCAGCCGCAUGGAACAUUCCUAUUGCUUUCAUAAGCGUCAUUUUGCUGCCGAUCGUGGGGAACGCAGCUGAGCAUGCGAGUGCAAUCAUGUUUGCCAUGAAGGACAAGCUCGACAUUUCUCUAGGAGUUGCUAUUGGGUCAUCAACACAGAUAUCCAUGUUUGGGAUCCCUUUCUGUGUGGUGGUAGGGUGGAUACUGGGACGACCAAUGGACCUAAAUUUCCAACUUUUUGAGACAGCAUCACUCUUCAUUACAGUAUUAGUUGUAGCCUUCAUGUUGCAGGAGGGUACUUCUAACUACUUCAAAGGUUUAAUGCUCGUUCUUUGCUACCUAAUAGUAGCUGCCAGCUUCUUUGUACAUGUUGACCCUUCUCCAGUCCAAGACAAGAAACCCUGAAGAUAGCAGGCGGGCAUUGUUUCGGAUGUGGAACGCGAAAGCUGGUUGCGAGGCAUCAACUGUUUGCUUUGGGUU